AUGGAACAUAAAAAAUCAAGAAAGCGUGUCACAUUCGACGAGUCAGCGGACCAGAAGAUUACGCUACCAGCCAAGAACUUAGACAACUACUACUGGACAGAUGAGGAUUUCGAGACCAUUGACAGAUUCAUAGAGGAAAGAGAAACAAACAAUAAAAAUGAGGAGACCAUAAAUGAUGAAAAAGAGGAAGAAAAGAGUCCUAGGAUAGAGGAGACGAGGAAUGAGAGCAAGAAUGAAGGGCUUUUUGAUGAAUUAGACUUCAUUGAACCAAGAGAUUUGUUGAAGAUUGAUAUGAGUGAAUAUCAACGUGGAUUUGAUACAAAAGUAGAAGACUCAUCAAUUGAGAUGAUAAACAAGGCUGCUAAUGAAAUAAAGAGAGAGGAAGAAAUAGAAAAGAAGAAUAUUAAAAAUAAAGUAGAAGAAAAGAGUGAGCAAAUUGACUUUAUGAAUGCACCUGAACCAAAGGGUGGCCCAAGUCUCCUGAAAAUGGAUGAAAUACGCGUAAAUAUCAGCAAGAAGACCCUUGAGCGCAUCAAUGGCAACAUCGACCUCUUCAGACAGGAUACGAUUGAAUUCCUGGAUGAGCCAACUCUAAUUGAAUUUAGGGGAGUUGAAUAUGAAAAUAGGGCAGAAAUGGAAAGGAAGACUGUUGGAGUCAGCGACUACCUGGAAAAUGAUCCAGAACGAGAAUUCAGGGAGACCACGCUUCCAGAAGUAAAGAGGGGUGAAUCCGGCCUAAAUUUGCUAAAGAAGACGUAUAGCAAGACGAAGAAGACAAUUGCAGGGGUAGUCAAUAAGAUUGGGAAGGUGAAGGGGAUAGUGAAGCAGUCGAAUCCGUACAAGGAGAAUCUGCUGAACACCAAUGGACGAAAUGAAGACAAAACAGUUCAGGAAACCAAUUGCUACAAGUUCAACGAGAACCCGUUUAUACGAAGUGACAAAAUGAGAAAGUAG